CUCAAAAUCUUGUCUCAGUUGUCCCAUCCCAGCAAAAGGAAAGCCGCCGCGAGCUUAUAUCAUCACUCCCUUGGCGACACAGAGCACGCAACAGGAUCAAUUGGUCGAUCGACGACGACGACGAUGAAGCCGACGACGCCGACCGCUCGCCUCCUCGCCGCUGGCGCGCUGGCCGCCGCGGCGGUCGCGCUCGGCUGCCUCGCCGCCGGCGCCGGCGCGACGGUGGUGACGACGUGCAGGGCGGCGGCAGACAGCGACGCGCGCGUGGACUACGGCUUCUGCGUGGCGGAGCUGGGCAACCACCGCGAGAGCCCCGACGCCGACACCUGGGGCCUCGCCAAGGUGGCGGCGCUGACGGGCGUCAACAACGCCGACGACGCCGUCUACGACGCCAAGGCACUGCUCGCCAAGCCCGGCGCCGCCGCCGGCGGUCCGGCGCGCGCCGCGCUGGAGCAGUGCGCGAAGCUGUACGACUCCAUGGGGUUCGCGUUCGCCGAGGCGGAGGACGAGAUCAACAACCGCCACUACGCCGCCGGGAAGGGGAAGGCGGCGGAGGCGGCGUCCCUCGCGCACCAGUGCGACGACGCCCUCGCCAAGGCCGGCGCCGUCCCCUCGCCGAUGGCGCAGCACAGCUCCUACUCUGUGAAGAUCGCCACCGUCUGCACGGCCAUCACCAACCUCAUCAAGUGAAUACCGUAGGUGGUUUUGCUACUGUAGUGUAUAAAAAACGUGGUCGACGAUCGAGUUGACAGCACACGUCAAAAUGUUGUGCCUUGGAAAACUUGAGACAAUAAAAGAGUGUGGUUUUUGUUAGUGGAA